AUGGGCUCCCUAUCCCGGCAUUGGCGACAACCGCCCGGGGUCCGGCGCAAUGAACAGGGGGAGGAUGCAUCCGAGAACGAGGAGGUGGAGGACGAUGAGGUGGAGGACGAUGAGGAAGUGGAGGACAUCGAGGAGAUGGAGAACGAUAAGGAAGUGGAAGACGGUGAAUCGGACGAUGGUGAUUUGGAAGAGGACGGGCCCUCUGAAAAUGAGGCUUCAGGCGACGAGGAAUCUGAGAAUGAGCUGCUGGAAGGAUUACCUGAGCCAACAACCGCCAAGGAAGUCGCCUUCACGGCGAUUGUUUCGGUGCUCUUCAUCACAAGCCUCAGGAAUGGCGCAGUACGUCCUGACAAGAUUGCCAUCGAUCAAGCUGGCCGUCUCUACAACAAAAAGCACCCUUCCCCCUUCGCCUCCCAUAUCGGCAACUACCGCGAAGAGUUUCUCCGCAUGGUCGACAAAUUGAGCAAUAAGUUGGAAAGUGCGCACAUGAAAAGAACCAUCGAAAAGGCGUUUGUCGAGUUCAUUUGGGACCUGAUCGACACGGGCUCGACUAGCCUGAAGCGGUGGAACAAGUUGAAAGACAUGGAUGUGCUCGGCAAUGGAACGGAGUUGGUGCUUCCGGACAAUCUUGACAACUACACUGAAAAGCUGGGAGCCUACAUCACGAGCUACCAAUGGUGCUUAGGGAUGACAUUGCAGCUGAAGGAUCGCUUGGUGGUGGCCAUCGACCAGCUGCGUCACGGCCUCUACGAAGCAAUGACGAUGCAGGCACAUAUUUGCUGGUGGACUCUUCGGACACAGGGACCGGAGAUCUGCUAG